AUGGACGGUAUGAAGGAGCCCAAGCCGCAAUGCGGCGGCAAGAAGGGUGGGCCCAGCGAGUAUGACGUUGGUUUGCACGUUGCUGGCCUCUUCUUGGUGUUGGGAUUCUCAAUCUUUGGCGCUGGAUUCCCCGUGGUGGCCAAGAAGGUCAAGUGGAUGAAGGUCCCGCCCAAGGUCUUCUUCGCCUGCAAGCAUUUCGGUACGGGUGUGCUGAUCGCGACGGCAUUCGUGCAUCUGCUCCCGACCGCCUUCGGCAACCUCAUGAACCCGUGUCUGCCGGACCUGUUCACCGAAGACUACCCGCCUCUGCCCGGUGCGAUCAUGAUGGCCUCCAUGUUCAUGCUCUUCGUCAUCGAGAUGUGGAUCAAUUCCAAGGUCGGCGGCCAUUCCCACGGAGGCCCAACUGGAGAUGUGAUGCACGACCACGGCGGUCACAACCGCGGUGCUGUCGCGCCCCCCAGGCCCCCGCGCUACAACCGCAGCAGCUUCGACGCCGAGGCCGACAGCAUCGACUUUGAGAAGAGGGUUGCGCAACGCAUGUACGAUGAGAAGGCCGGAUUCCCGAACUACCAGGAGAGCACCUAUGGCGCGCCGCCCGCUUCCAACCUGGCCGACUCUGACAUGCCUCCCUGGUUUGUCGUCUUUUACGAGCAGUACGUGCGCCAGCGCAUGGAGAUGAUGAACAUGAUCCGAACCACCCAGGAGAAGCAGGUCUCUCAGGUCAGCGUGCAGGAGGUCAAGCAGGAGGAGCCGUUCUUUGAUGAGGAGGGACAGACCGUUGAUCCCGCCGUGUACCGCAAGAUGUCUCUCAACAUUACCAUGCUUGAGGGUGGUAUUCUGUUCCACUCGGUGUUUGUCGGCAUGACCAUUUCCAUUACCAUUGACGGCUUCAUCAUCCUUCUCGUCGCCAUUCUUUUCCACCAGAUGUUUGAGGGUCUUGGUCUUGGUUCCCGUAUUGCCGCCGUUCCGUACCCCAAGGGAAGCAUCCGUCCUUGGGUCCUCGUCGUUGCUUUCGGUACCACCGCUCCCAUCGGACAGGCCAUCGGUCUCGCCACCCGGAACACCUACGAUCCCGACAGUGCCUUUGGUCUCAUCAUUGUCGGUGUCUUCAAUGCCAUUUCUUCCGGUCUUUUGCUCUACGCGGCCUUGGUCGACCUCUUGGCCGAGGACUUCCUGUCCGAGGAGGCCAACCGCAUCCUCAGCAAGAAGGACAAGAUCACCGCUUUCUGCUAUGUUCUUGCAGGAGCCGCGGGAAUGUCAAUCGUCGGUAUCUUCGCCUAA